CAUUCGCUUUCGGCUGUGAGAAUCUGGAUUCGAAUCAAUGAAUGAUAAUGAACCGUUCAUUGACAUUGACAGACAGCCUCAGUCAGAAUCCCGAUUCUAGCCAAGGAUGCUGCAGAAGCAAGGAUUUACGCCUAAAAUUGGCUGCUAGCAUUUACAGCACUAUGAAAAGCGAAGGUUGUGAAUAAAGUACGAAAAUUCUUCGAAAUAGUUAGCGGAUUGUACGACGCAACGAUUGAUACCUUGUGGACAACAGUCUCGGUCUGGCGAAAGGAAUAUUACAUUUUUUAUCGUUCCUGUGGGCUAUGUUAAUUGUGGAAAUUAGGAAUGGCAGCCAAAGAUUUUGAGGAUACUGGUAACGAGACCACAGUGGAAGGCAUGGAGACUGACAAUGAUCUGUCGUCUCAAGAUCGUCAGACAGAGAGCCAGGCAGAUGCGGAAAUGGAAGUCGAUGGGGAUGGAGACAAGUCGCGGAGGCCCAUGGUCAGCACGUUUGGCAGUCGACCCGUUCCCUUCAAACUGGAAGACGACGGCGACGAUUACUACAUUGGAUCAGUAGUGGGGAAUUAUUUGCGAAUGUUUCGAGGCCAAUUAUACCGAAAGUAUCCCGCACUUUGGAGACGACAGACUACUCCGGAGGAAAGAAAACGUUUAGCGCAGAUGAAAGGUGUGGAUUCGCAUUCCGUAUCCAGUAAUACGAUUCUUGUGAAAGCCAAAGAAGUGGAUGAGAUUUUAGCGGGUUAUGAAGAAAAAUACCGGCUGGUUUCUGGGGAUGCGGAAAUAUCUCAGACGCCAAAAGAAGCGAAGUCGCGGCGCGCUUCGAAUUGGGCUCCUCAACCCGCCACUUCUCAUCAUUUGGACGCUGUUCCCAGCGCUACACCCAUCAGUCGUGCCCGCCAGUUAAUGCGCCAACCCGGUCGACAUCAUCCAUUUUGUUUCGAUGAUAAACCCCCGCUGAUGAUGGCAAAACAGGCCGCUCAGCAAGAGAUUCUCGUUCCUAUUCGACUGGAUAUGGAAAUAGAUAAUGUGAAACUCAGAGAUACAUUUACGUGGAAUAAAAACGAACUUCUCAUUACGCCGGAGCAGUUUGCCGAAAUACUGUGCGAAGAUUUGGAUCUUCCGAUGGUUCAGUUCAUUCCUGCCAUUGCACAAAGUAUUAAGCAGCAGGUUGAUGCGUUUCCCACGGAUAAUCUUCUCAAUAAUCAGACCGAUCAAAGAGUGGUAAUAAAGCUAAAUAUCCAUGUUGGGAAUAUUUCCUUGAACGAUCAGUUUGAGUGGGAUAUGGCCGAGCAACAAAACAGCCCCGAACAGUUUGCCGCUAGACUGUGCGCUGAUUUGGGUCUCGGAGGGGAAUUUGAGACAGCCAUCGCUUAUUCAAUUCGCGCACAAUUAACAUGGCACCAGUCAGUGUACAGCGAUGCUACUUUGCCACCCAUUGACUGCCCGUUCCGUAACCAUGACUGCGAUUCCUGGUCGCCUUCCAUAGAAGUUCUUUCCGACGCCGAGAUGGAGAAGAAAUUGCGCGAUCAAGAUCGCAAUACCCGACGGAUGCGGCGAUUAGCGUACAACCAAGGCACGAGUUGGUGAUAUUUUUUAAAAUAUUUAUCUUUUGUUUAACUCUGUUUACGGUUUUCCAAGUCUUUGUGCUCUUUUGGUAUUUGUACAAUGUACGGCCAAUCACAGUUUCCAGCACUGAGUUACAGUGUUAAUUCCCACGAUUUUUAAUCACAGUGUCACUGUACAGUACAGCAAAUAGAAUUCUCAAA